ACGGUGAUGAGUUUAGAAAGGCCACACAAAAAUGGACCUAAAGAAACAAACAUCACGCUGGACCGGUUAUAGAAAAGCACAAUGGCCGAUCGAGAAUCACACUUUAAUUUUAAUGUACAUACUACUUUUUGCUGCUCGUUUUAACUGUCAAGAUUUAAGUAUAGAUGAAGAAACCAAAAAUAAUACUGUAGAUAUAAAUAAAAGCGAUUGCCAUAGUACUGAAUCUAGUAAUAUUAAUGUUUUAGUCAGUGAUAAAGCGCCUAGUACUUUACAAGAUUUUAUCAGAAGUUUAGAAAAUGUAACAGAGAAAGAGGCCCUUUUAAAUAAAACUAUGGGAUACGUAGAGCAUUUAGUAGAUAACGUAUUAAAUUAUGAACGAAUCAAAAUAAUUGAUGGAGUUGAAAUCAAAAUUAAAAACGAUACUAAAGUAGUAGACAAAGAGAGAAAAGAAAAUAAUGAUAUCGAAGAAGCGAGAGGCUUAUUCAGUAAAUAUACUUACGAAUACAGACUUUAUCAAAAGAUCAAGAGCUUUAUAGAUACGCACGUGCUUUCGAUAAGCUUACCAAAAGCCGCUAAGUUUAUGGGCUUCAGAUCCUUCGGUUUAAACAAGUUUUUCCUGCCGCUGCUGAUCGGAGGGCAGGUGUUGAUAAAGACGAUUCUGUUCGCGAUGUUCCUGCCAAGUAUACUCGGUAGCUUCGGGAAGAUAUUAGGAAAAGGUAUCUCUCACUUGUCAGCGACUUCCAGUCAAGCUAGCUAUCCCCCGGCUAACAUGGAUGACACUAACGCAUAUAACAACGACAACAAAGACUUCAUGGGAUAUGAGACUAACCCAACUGGCACUUAUGCGUACCCCCAAGAUUAUGCCACAGAAGGAAACGACAUGGAACCGGGAAACAUUGACAUGUCAAGAUACGGCGCAGGUGGACCCAAAGUUACCUACCUACCAAGCAAGAACAGCUACUACAAAAACCAGAUGUCCACUGCAAAUAACUACAAGAUCUUCCAAAAAAUACCGGCGUCCUCCAUGAUCCUGAGCAACUAUGACCCUUUCUACUCACCGCUGCUUUCAAGGCUCGACGGGAUCUUUGCAAGGCUCGGAUUAGCACCAUCAGAGAAUGCAGUCACAGAUAGCCCACAAAUGGGAGGGCAAAGUCUGAGUGACAUGAAGCUAGAAGCUUGCAGGGAACAGCUUAUUUGCCUCAUGUACGCGAAUCCAGCGAAAUACGCGCCCUACAGCAACCUGGUAUCAGCCCAGUUGAGCAGAGAGCUGAACGAACUCCGUCGCCCGGUCUCCGACAACCCAGAGAUCCUUAGGUUCUUCAAAUACAUGAGAGCAGCGAGGCGAGGACAAGAGGGAGUGGACUGCGUGACUCUCCAUCCAGGCUGUUCAACCAGCACUCCAACGCACACCAUGAUAGCUGCGUAUCACGAUAUCAACAAGCUAGUGACUGCUAGGAAAUUGAGGCUUUGAAUUCUAGAUAACAAAGUAUAUAAAAACGUCAUAGUGUGAG